AUGCAGCCUGUCUCAUCGGAGUCGUCCAUAUCAACAGAGCCUAAAGCUUCCAUCCUCGAGCUCCUGCAUGAGCACUACCUUGAGCUUACCCCGGAUGGAAGAUACGUGCGAUGGUUGCGUGAUCAUCCCAGACAUCCUCGGAAUUGGUCAGGCCUGAGAAAGGGCUAUGAUAUUAUUCUGAUAUGUCUCUUGGACCUUAUUAUAACAGCAUCUAGCACCGCAGGUUCGGCGGCAGCUGCACGAGCGAAAUAUGAGUACGACAUGAGUGCGACGCUUUCUACUUUUAUAUUCGUGACAAUAUUUCUUCUUGGUCAGGUGGCAGGCACCAUCUUAUUCCCCCCAUGGUCGGAGGCAUUUGGGCGCAAGAACAUGUAUAUUGUCAGCAGUGGGCUCAGUGCAAUUUGCUGUAUGGUAAUCGGGUUUGCGCGCUCUAUGCCACUGAUCAUUAUCAUGCGCAUCGUUGCCGGGGCUCUUUCGGCAAUCCCUUACACGAUCAUCGGUGGCAGUAUCGAAGACAUGUUCAACGCCCAUGCUCGCAUCUGGGCCAUGUUCUAUUGGACAAUUGCCUCCAACAUCGGUCUUAUACUUGGCCCCAUCAUGAGCAGCUAUAUCAUUGCAGGACUCGAUUGGCGAUGGAACUUCUUCAUUUUUGCCAUCAUCAUUGCUGGAGUCACAGGUGGUCUCUGCUUCAUUCGAGAAUCUCGACCUUCCAUGUUGCUGGCAUACGAGGUACAACGACUCACGGAUGCAACUAUGCUGUCAAUUCCACCACCUCUCAACCACGACCAUAUUCCGGAUCUCAAUACAUUCGCUAAAGAAGCCCUUUUCCGGCCGGCUCAGCUGUUCUUCCAAGAACCCAUCAUUCUAGUCAUUGCAAUAAUCAUUUCCGUGGCUAUGUCUCUCAUUUACAUGUUCACAGAAGCCCUUCAGCCCAUCUACGAGUUGAUGGGAUUUUCAGAAACGACCGGUUCGUUGAUCUUCAUCGCAAUCGGCCUGGGAACCGUACUCAGCACAUUCACCCGCGUGCUUGACAGCUAUAUCCUCAAUCAUAUCCGCAGCCAAGGACGCCCUAUCAAGCCAGAACAUAAAUUGUUCGGGCUAGGCAUAGGUGGUCCAUUUCUGGCCGCGGGUUUGUGGUGGUUCGCCUGGACUAUUCCACCCGAGACGCCAUCUCCGUGGAUUGUGCCCACUAUAUCUCUUGUUCUCGUGGGUUAUGCGCUGACGGAAAUCGAUACCGUGCUCUAUGGGUAUAUUUCGGACGCCUAUUUGAGUUACUCGGCCAGUGCUACGGCUGCCGUUGCUCUUUUGCGUGCACUGCUCUCAGGUGCUUUCCCGCUCUUCACAAGGCAGAUGUUCGAUGGACUGGGGAAUAAUGUCGCGAUGUCUGUACUUGCUGCUAUUGCAACUGCGUUCUGUAUAGUGCCACCUGUGUUUAUUUUUUAUGGAGAGCGCAUCCGUCGCGCGAGCAAGUUUGCUCGGUACAGCUGGGAGAUUCAGGAGGAGUUGGGUAAAGAUGAAGGGGAUUGGUGA